CUGGAUGACCCACAGGGGUGGUGAGGCGGUGCUGCCCUGCGGCAAGCCCCAGCGGACAUCGUUGACCAUGUAGGGGACGUGCAGAUGCAGGAGGCGGCGGGUUUGGGUGACGCGGCGGCUGCAGCUGGUGGCGCCAGUGGGCCACUCAGCGGGGCCCCGCCCCUGCUGCCAGUUCUGGUGGCGGGGGGAAGCAACCGUGCUGCUGCGGCUGCCCUGCGGGCCACGCUGCAGCAGCAGCCCUCUUCGCAGCAGCGGGUGGCAACGGGAGGGCUUAGCGGGGUCCAGCCGGCGGAGGGCGUGGGGGGGCCGCCGGCGGCCAGGCCUCGCCCUGCCGGUGCUGGGCCGGCUGACGCGCAGCAGCAGCACAGUGGCGCUCCCGCGCCACAGCCGCCCUUGGAUCAGCAGGCAGCCGCCGGGCAGGAUCAGGAGCAGUCCGCUGUGAUGCGGCGGUACUUGGCCGAGCUGGCGGAGCUCAAUCUUCAGCGGCAACAGCGAUUACAGCAGCAGCAGCAGCAGCAGGAGCUGCAGCGCCAGGGGCAGUCACCCAGGCCCCGGACCGGCUCCCAGGUUAUGGUCCUGGCCACGCUGGGGGGACAGGACGGGGCGGGCGAUGGCGCUGGCAGGGCGGCGUCACGGCGUGGGCAACGUGUUGACAUAGUUGACCACGUGGGGGACGUUCAGAUGCAGGAGGCGGCGGGUUUGGGUGACGCAGCGGCUGCCGCGGGUGGCGCCAGCGGACCACCCGCUGUGGCCUCGCCCUUGCUGCUAGCUCUGAUGGCGGGGGGAAGCACCCGGGCUGCUGCGGCUCCCCUGAGGGCCGAGCGGCAGCAGCAGCCCUCUUCUCAGCAGCGGGUGGCAGCGGGAGGGCUUAGCGGGGGGCAGCCGUCAGCAGGCGUGGGGGGGCCGCCGGCGGCCAGGCGUCGCACUGCCGAUGCUGGGCCGGCUGGCGUGCAGCAGCAGCCCAGUGGGGCUCCCGCGCCGCAGCUGCCCUUUGAUCAGCGGGCGGCCGCCAGGCAGGAUCAGCAGCUGACAGCUGCGAUGCAGCGGUACUUGGCCCACAAGGCGGACCUCCAUCUCCAGCAGCAACGGCGGGUACAGCAACAGCAGCAGCAGGAGCAGCAGUGCCAGGUGCAGCCGCCCAGGCCCCGGACCGGCUCCCGGUUUGAGGUCCUGGCCACGCUGGGGGGACAGGACGGGGCGGGCGAUUGCGCUGCCACGGCGGCGCCCGGGCGUGGGCGACGGGUGCAACCAGCCGCGCAUGCACCGCCGCCGCCGCAGCAGCAACAGCCCCGCUCCAAAGGGCGCGGUGGCCCCGCCCAGCUCCCGCAGCAGAGGGCAGGGCGCUUGGGCGGCGGGCUGCCUCCCCCGCAGGACGGUGCUAGCUCGCCGCCGCGCGUGCCCACUGGGCGGCCGGCCGGGGGACAGCAGGCUGGUGGGGGCAGCGGGUCGGGGCGCCAGGGUGGAGGAGCGGGACAGGCAGUGCCCCAGCCGCCGUCCCAGGCGCGGCCGCCACUGCAGACGUCACAACCUGCGGGUGGUGGUAAGGGCAGGGGCAGGGGCCUGGGCGCGCCGGCUGGGGUUUCGGCCAACACGCCUGGGCGCGUGGGUGGGGGUGCGGGCAGUGAGGUGGAGUACGGGGCCGUUAGCCUGACCCGGGACACGUGUGUUGCCAUCGGCUCUGACCUCGUGACGCACCAGAACCGCUGCGCAGAUGUGCAGGGAUUUGAGUGGGCGCAGCUGGGCCACGACACGCUUGGUGGCCGCCUCCUCGCCUACCUCCGUGACCAGGGCGCCACCGUACCGGACUGGGCCGUCUGCCGCGUGCCGGCUGGCCGUACCGCCGUCCUGGCACAGCUGCACGACGAGUUCACUGGCUGGUGGCGCCUAUACUCAGCCCAGCCUGCAGACACGCCCCUGCCUUCCGACGUGACGGAGCAGCUGGAUGACGCCGCGCAGCAGGUGCAGACGGCCUACAUGGACUACGUGCUCCUAGACGCCCGCACCCUGCGGUCCGCUAAGCGUGGGCCGGCGGACCCCGGCGGGGCCAGCGGGCCCAGCCGCCGGCAACGCCAGCACCGCAGCCGCAGUACCUCCAGCCUCAUGAGCCUGGGCAGCGCUCCAUUGCGCCCCGGCGGCGCCAGCUCAGGAGCCGCUAGCAUGAGCACCAGCAGCGGCGGCGCGCCCCCCAGCCAGGGUGGCGGCCGCCGCGGCAAACGCCACAUCAGCAACAGCAACCGCAACCGCCACGGCGCUGCCGUGGCCGGCGGGGGCUCAUAAUGCGGCCACCAGUGGGCGCGGCGAACCUUCGGCUGCUGACAGUGAAUGUCAACGGCCUGGGCUCGGCGUUGAAGGCGCGGGCGCUGGUCUCGCACCUGCAGCAAGUUGGGGCGGAUGUGGCGAUGGUGCAGGAGACCCACGCUCCUGACACGACC